CGGUUGUCUUGAAGAUCAAGGGUCAGUCAACUGCUCAUCAAUUUGGCAAGAAAAUCUUCGCUUGUCGUACGAAGUCAAAUUUGCUUUCACGGCCAAUGGGAGCUUUGCUUACGGGAGCUAUGGGUUCGCUGGUAAUCCUGACUUGAUAUUUGGAUUGAAUAUGAAGAUUGGGAAAUUGGAGUUUAGCAAUCAUGGCUAUUGUGAUGAAGGAGCAUAUCCCAGCGGACCAUCAGUUGAUGCAUCUGGUAUUGCUUAUUACAACUGUGGAAAUCGUGUCUUUUCAGUCAAUACAAAGGGUGAGUUAAUCUGGAAAAGUAAACAGCUAAGUGAGAAGGGGUACACUUUUGAAACUCUCUUCAAGCAAAGCCCUUCUCUCCAUAUCAAUAAGAACUUGGUUGUAUCUUCGGACUCUGAUGGAGAGUUCAUCUAUAUAUUGUCAAUGAAAGAUGGUAGCUUGAAGAGCUCUUUUAAUACUACUCUCUUGCUUAGUAACAGUGUCAUUACAGAGCCUCCAAUACUUUAUGGUGACAACGUUUGCAUUAUUAAAGCUACAAAAUAUGUUGACUAUUUUCUUUUUAGCUUACCUUUAAUUUCUGAAUACUGAAAAAUAAAAUUUAAAAAGUUUGCUGCCCAGUAAUUUUUAUA